CACUACGUCGAAUUUGAAAUGAAACCAACAAGAUUUAAUUUGAAGAUCGCCACAUCUAAAUCAGGCGAAUGAUGUAAGAACUACAACAAUUUCUGUGAGGGAAGUAAGCCAUCCAUCGUACAGCUAAAGUUCAGAGCAAGAAUUUGUUCUGUUUAGGUUUUACUGUAGAGGCGAUUUUGAAACUUGUGUGAGAGUUCAGAAAGUGGCUUGGACCUUGGACUUGAUAAAUCCAAAACACUUGUGUUACAAACGUGUUACGUUGUGUGUGGACAGUGUUUUACUCCUCCUCUUUGUUUGAUUUGGGGCAAGAGUCCAGCCCAGAAGCUUCAAAAACAGCAGAGGUGUAAGGAUCUCUUUAGGUCAAAAGGACAGCAAGGAUACCACAGAGGAGCGUCUGCUUCAACAGCCAGAGAGGACCAUGUCCUCUCACCUGUUGCUGUGGACAUGUGCGGCCUUGCCAGGUUUGCUGUUGGCCUCCCAGGCCAGUCUCUUGGUCGAGCGGGAGGACGCAGGCACCAGGAUCUGUAAACCUGCCCCCUACUGGGAUAUCAAAGGAGAGGCGCCCAUGCAGGCCUUGCGAGGAAGCUUGGUGGUGGUGGCGCUGCUGAAGGCCAGCUGACAGUUUUGUCUCACUCAGGCCUCAAGAAUCCAAGGCCUGCGUGACAAGCUGAACCGCAGCAACCUGACCGAGGUUUCCUUCAUGAUAAUUAAUGAGCGAGACUCUCUGUCCAGAGCAAUGUACUGGGAGCUGAAAAGAAAAGCACCCGCUGAUGUUCCAGUUUACCAGCAGACUCCUUUUCAAAAUGACGUGUGGGAGGCGCUGGAGGGUGACAAAGAUGACUUCCUAAUCUAUGACAGGUGUGGUCUCCUCACAUUCCAUAUAGUGCUUCCAUACAGCUUCCUGCACUACCCUUAUGUCGAGGCUGCCAUCAGAGCCACCAAUUAUAAAAACAUCUGCAACUGCUCUGCUAAUUUUACAACAGUGAAUGACAUCGUCACAAAGAAUGACACACUGCCAUCUGACGUCAACCACACCACAGCCUCACCCAAAAAUCAAGCGAACACAGAGCACGCUGAAAUGACAGUAACGACUCCGAAAACAAUACACACAGACCACCAUCAUCAUCAUCAUCUUCCUCACGGCCACCAGAAUCGGUCACAUCCUCAGCAGGACCACAAUACAACUGGAAGCCUCAGUCAUCUUCAUUAGCAUCACAGUCACUUUCAGCCCUCCAACCGCAGCCUUCAUACUGUCAAUGAUAAUUAGUAAAAUAGUUUAGUCCACAUUUGUUUUGGUUGGGUUGAUGUCAGGGAAAUUGUAUCCGCUCGGCGGAUGUGAAGCAUUAGACAUAUCGUGCUGCCUCUGCUCGCAUCUUCUCCCAGUAUGUGGAAACAAUUGCUUCCGUUGCUCUUCGUGUGCUCCUGUUUAUGAAGUCUACAGUCUGGAACCUGGCUACAGGAAGCUGGAGAUGGAUGUGUGAGGAGAGACGCUUUGGAAUGACAGCUACUGUUUCCAAGACAGAACCAGAGAAUGCAGAGCAUUGAGGCUGAGCACAACUCACUCUGUUUUUUGUUUCCUUGCCAUGUGCUACAUCAAUUAGUAAUUAUCUACAAAGUAAUGCUGACAUGUAAAUUCACAACACACGCACACCCAGUUUGGAUGUUUUUGGUGUCCUUACUCCUUUAAAUGUAAUUAGUUUCAUUGGGGUUGCAAUACAAAUUCUUAAUGGAACCUGGGAGACCAGAGGAAAGGGUUAUCAUUUUUACGAGGCUUGAAAAGGAAUGUGGGUUUAUUGACUAAAUUUUUGCAAGCUCGGACCUUUCUUUUUGACUUUCUGUUAUCGGAAGUUUUACUUUGAAGGAAUACGGAAAUGGAUAAUGGCUUAUUAGACGGUGACUUAAUAAUGCAUAACGAGACGAUUCUAAAACAGAUUCACAGACGACAAAAUAAAUAGUUUAAAGAAAUUUGG